AUGCCAUCUGUUGUGAAAUCGUCGGACGCCAGCGUGGCAGUGGCGCUGCACCCUCUGCCAUUGCUCAACAUUUCGAAUUUCUACACACGAGCGGUCGCCACGUCGACGGAGUUUGCAGGCGCAUUAUUGGGUACCCAGGACGGACGGCAGGUUAGCAUUGACACCUCGUUUGAAUUCAAAAUUGAGGACGGGGUGAUUGACAAGGAGCUGGUGACGCGGCGGCUCGCACAAUUCCAGCAGGUCAUGCCGGAGCUUCAUUUCGUGGGCUGGUUCUACGUCUCUAAAGAUCACACAUCCCCCACCGAUGAGGUUACCCAUCUGCAGAAGCAGUUGAUGGAGUUUGACGAGGCGCCUUUGGUUCUUCUCAUUCAGCCCGGAUCGGACUCUCAGCAACUUCCUCUUCAUGUCUACGAGCCUAUCAUCGAUAGUGGAGAGACAAAGUACAGAGAGGCGACCGUGGUGAUCGAGACUGGAGAGGCCGAGAGAGUAGCAGUGGAAGACCUUGUGCGGGAAACCAGCCAGCAUGCUGCCUCGGAACGAGUCAGGCAACAUCUUGUCAGCCAGCAUGCUGCGGUCAAAAUCUUUAACGGACGAGUUAAGACGGUGCUGGAUUACGUCAAGGGCGUGAAUGAGGGCUCGAUUGUCCCAGACCAGCGCCUGCUGCGGUCGUUGCGAUCGAUUCUGUCGCAGCUCAGUGCAUCUUCUAAUAGCGAGCUCAAGGACAGUCUUCAAGAGUCGCAGGCUCUUACUGCUGCUUUCCUGGCCACUGUGUUUCAGGGCACCCAGCUUACUGCCAGUCUCAAGGCUCAGGGUCUCUUGAUGGACCGGCCAGCGAAAAAGUCGCUACGACGGCGACGAGGCGAGGCUCGCGACUUUAUGCCCCAGCGAGCCAAAAAGUGGGAUGGCGACACGGACGACGAUUUUGAGAUUCUCGUUUAG